AUGGGAGAAAUCUACGACGAGGACGCCGAAUACCAAUUCCGAGAUGUUGAUGUCCCCGUCCUCAUUGUUGGAGCUGGCCCAGCGGGUGCAACCACCGCCCUGUUGUUGGCCCGCUAUGGGAUCCCAGCAAUCGUCAUAUCUCGCCAUAAGGGUACUGCCAACACACCCAGAGCGCAUAUUUUCAAUCAACGCGCAAUGGAAGUACUGAGGGAUGCUGGUAUACAGGAACUGGUGACCCCAUUAGCGGCAUCCAAGGAAGACAUCAUGCACGUCAGCUGGGUUCAGUCCCUUACUGGGGAAGAGUAUGGUCGCGUGUAUGCUUGGGGCAAUAGACCAGACCGGAUCGGAGAAUACACCGUCGCUAGUCCCUGCCAGAUGUCUGAUCUCCCUCAAAGUAUACUGGAACCCAUCCUGGUACAAGAGGCCACCACGACAGGGGCGGAUCUCAGAUUCUACCACGAAUUUGUUAGCCAAGAAGCACUUCCCGAUGGGCGAGUGCAGACGACAGUUUUGGACCGUCAAACAGGACUGAACUAUCGUGUAACAUCGCGGUUUCUCAUCGGGGCAGAUGGUGCGAGAAGUGCAGUACUGGACAGCGUUGGCAUUCCCAUUGAUGGCAAACAGCUUGCUACCGCCUUCAACGUGCACAUCAAAGCAGAUUUGGCAAAGUACUGCAAGCACAGACCUGGCUCCUUAUGCUGGAUCCUCAAUCCGGAAGCCCCCGAUUGGUCAGCGACCGCAUGCGUGCGAAUGGUACGCCCAUGGCAUGAGUUUAUAGUGUCUAUGCACCCAAGUGCUCUACUCCAGACUGAUAUAGAGCACUCCGCACCCACCAGAGAUCAAGUACUUUCCAGGCUAAGACAAUUGUUCGGUGAUGAUAGCAUUCGGAUCGAGCUGCUGGGCUACGAUCAGUGGCAUAUCAAUGAUCAAGUUGCCAGAACGUGGCAGAAAGGAAAUGUGCUGUGUAUAGGUGACGCCGUACACCGCCAUCCGCCAAUAAACGGUCUUGGGAGCAAUACUUGCAUAUCUGAUGCAUUCAACAUUGCUUGGAAGCUCGCUUUUGUCCUGAAAGGCUUUGCUGAUGUCUCAAUACUCAAGACUCUCACGACAGAGAGGAAGCCUGUGGGAGAUGGUAUUGUACGGCGGGCCAAUGAAGGGAUGCUUGUGCAUCACCAAUUGUGGACAUUGAUGGGCUCGACCUCCGAGGCAAGAGACGCAAUCGAUUGGCGUUUGCGUCAAAAAACCAAAGAAGGCGCAGAGCUGAGACAGACACUGCGAUCGCUUAUGGAAAAGACGGACGACGAGUUCAACGCCCUUGGCAUACAAAUGAACCAAUCAUACCUCCAUUCGGCUCUUACAAUCAGAGAAGACAGCGACACAGCGCCACCCUGCCUCGACAACGUCAACCUGCUGAAACAGCAGGUCAUAUCUACGUUUCCAGGCUACCACCUGCCUCACGUGUGGCUAGUAAGAGACGGUCAGUCGGAACGCAUCUCUACACUUGAUCUCGUUGGUAAGGGCCAUUUUACGCUACUGACUGGCAUUGGUGGCGAAGCUUGGAAAACAGCCUGCGCUGCAAUAUCUGAAAAUGGACUUUUGCCGCUCAAAUCGUACAGCAUAGGUGUUGGACAGGACUACAUGGACGCAUAUUGGGAUUGGCAGAACGUCCGUGGCGUAGAUGAAGACGGUGCCGUGCUCUGGACACUGGGUGCAAAGCCGGGAAGCGGCAUUUCACGGCCGCCGUGCAUCAAAGCCGCUCUUUACAAAGCCAAUCCGAACCUCUUCUCUCUCUCUACUCGAGCGGCACCAGAUCUUAUCUGCCACAGCAGCCACACUCUCGGCACGCGAGUGUGA